CCCUUCUCUCUCUCUUCCCUUACCACCCCACACAGAAAAGAAAGGAAAGAGAUUGAAAUUGAACAUCAAAAUCAAACUAUGGUAAACUCACUAAAUUAUUUGGGAAGACAAACAAAAGAAUGAGAAAGCUCCCCUUUUUCUUUUGUUACUCCUGCCCCCAAACAAAACAGUCCCAUUACAAUUUAGGGAAUGAAAUUGCCAACACACAGAAAGCCAAAGGGGCAACAAGAAAGGAGAAGAAAACCCUGCAAAACCCACCACCCAUAGCAAUAGCACUGUGGUAUUUUGCCUUUGUUUCUGCCAUAUUCAGGAGAAAGUUUCCUGCUUUUCAAGAUGCCAAGGCCAGGCCCUCGACCUUACGAGUGCGUGAGGAGAGCUUGGCACAGCGAGAGGCACCAACCCAUGAGAGGUUCCAUCAUUCAGCAGAUUUUCAGGUUCUGGGUUGUCUCCGUUUUCGUUGCUUUCUGAUUUUUUUGCAUGUUUCAGCUGCCCAAGUUUAUGCAUUUUAUCGAUUGCCCACCACGUGUUUGAUUAGGGUCGUCAACGAGGCUCACAGCUCUGCGACUAAGAAGAACAAGGAAUGGCAGGAGAAGCUUCCUACGGUUGUUCUCAAGGCAGAAGAAAUCAUGUACUCCAAAGCCAAUUCGGAGGCAGAGUAUUUGAAUCCUGAUACGCUCUGGGAGCGCUUGAAUGAUGCCAUUAACACUAUCAUACGGAGAGAUGAGAGUACUGAAACGGGAGAGCUUUUGCCUCCGUGUGUUGAAGCUGCACUUAACCUGGGCUGCAAACCUGUAAGAGCUUCAAGAAGCGAAAGGCACAAUAACCCCAGAACUUACCUAUCCCCAAGAGCGCAAGAACCAGCUCCUGGAUCUCCUAAGGCUGUUGUGGAACUACGCCCUCAGUUUUCAACUCUUCAGUCUGGCAAUCCGUUAGACUUAGCAAAGUCUCAGGUUGCUGUUUCAGCACUUCCCAUAUCGGAUUCUGGUAAGCUUGCGCAGCAAAAUCAUCGGUUGAUGGGCUCAUGUAACUAUCCCUCCUCAGAUACUUUUCCUGCUGCACGUCACCAACAAUUGACAAUGGAAACCAACCCAUCUAUGAAUUUGGGUUCUGUUUAUCCCUUGUAUUAUGGAACUCAGUAUGAAUCCAAACAACCUGGGCUAAAGAUGACCUCAGAAAACACAUCAUCUGAUCAAAUCUUUGUUGGCACACCGAUUAUCACGCCGAUCCCAGAGCCAGCCAGUUUUGGUCAAUUGCAAAAACUCUCCUAUAGCAGAUCCCAAUAUGCUGAGAUUCAGGAGACGCCACCUGAGAGGGAAUGUGAUUUAUCUUUGAGACUGGGUCUGAGUUUGCAUCCGUGUUCCAACAGAGACAAAAGUUCAGCACGUGAAACUGAAGAUGUUGGCUGUGUUAGUUUAAGAAGUUCUCAGGAGGUCAACAAGUAUAGUCAUCUGUCUUUGCAGACAAAUAAGGAGGUUUGCUUUUAUCCUAAAGGGACGGGUUUCAAUACCUUUGACUGCAGUUAUACAAGAUGCAAUACAGAGGGUGAAUAUCAGAACUUGGAGGCAACUUCUCGGAAGCGCAAGGCUCCUUUAUUUAACAAUGAGGGGGAUGAUGGACAAUUUUGCCGGCAGCUAGGAGUCCCAUCCAACCAGAUUCCUGAGAGAAGCCAGGGGCCAGCUUUUGUGGCUAUUCAAUGUCCAUGCCCGAACCUUGCUUUGGACCACAGGCAGUCAACAGCAUCACUUGGUAUUGACACUUAACAUUCAGUCUGAUUAAAGUAUGUUUGAUCAAGUCUGGUGGUUUUUAGACAAUGUUUCAAUGAAUUGACAAGAACCUGAAAUGGCUCUUGAGGGAUUAACUGCGUAGAGCUUUUGGUCCCAACAUUUUGAGAAUUGACUUUUUGUGUAAAUAUACUAUUUGAUAAUUGAAAACGUAUAGUCCUUAGAUUUAUUUUCUUAUCCAAAUUAGUCUCUCAAAAUUUGUAACUUGUGACACACGUACUGAGAUAAUCCCUUAAAGUGGGAUCAA